CGGCGGCGGCGGCGACGUGAGCGCGCAGGGGGGCGGCGGCCUCGCCAGGUCUCCUCUCGCUCUCGUUUCCCUCUCUCCGGCUUCGCUCUCUGCGCCUGGGUCGGUGGGUGACGCCGAGCGCCGGGGAGAUGUCGGAUUUCGACAGCAACCCGUUCGCGGAUCCGGAUCUCAACAACCCUUUCAAGGAUCCUUCUGUUACUCAGGUGACAAGAAAUGUUCCACCAGGACUUGAUGAAUAUAAUCCAUUUUCGGAUUCAAGAACACCUCCACCAGGCAGUGUGAAAAUGCCUAAUGUACCCAACACACAACCAGCAAUAAUGAAACCAACAGAGGAACAUCCAGCUUAUACACAGAUUGCAAAGGAACAUGCUUUGGCUCAAGCGGAACUUCUUAAGCGCCAAGAAGAACUGGAAAGAAAAGCUGCAGAAUUAGAUCGUCGAGAGCGAGAAAUGCAGAAUCUCAGUCAACAUGGAAGAAAAAAUAAUUGGCCACCUCUUCCUAGCAAUUUUCCUGUGGGACCUUGUUUCUAUCAGGAUUUUUCAGUAGACAUUCCUGUAGAAUUCCAAAAGACAGUAAAGCUUAUGUACUACUUGUGGAUGUUUCAUGCUGUAACAUUGUUUCUCAAUAUAUUUGGAUGUCUGGCGUGGUUUUGCGUUGACGCUUCAAGAGCAGUUGACUUUGGACUGAGUAUCCUGUGGUUCUUGCUUUUUACUCCUUGUUCCUUUGUCUGUUGGUACAGACCACUUUACGGAGCUUUCAGGAGCGACAGUUCAUUCAGAUUCUUUGUGUUCUUCUUCGUCUAUAUCUGUCAGUUUGGUGUACAUGUGCUCCAGGCUGCAGGAUUUCAUAAUUGGGGCAAUUGUGGUUGGAUUUCAUCCCUUACUGGUCUCAACAAAAAUAUUCCUGUUGGAAUCAUGAUGAUAAUCAUAGCUGCACUUUUCACAGCUUCAGCAGUCAUCUCACUAGUUAUGUUUAAAAAAGUACACGGACUGUAUCGCACAACGGGUGCUAGCUUUGAGAAGGCCCAGCAAGAGUUUGCAACAGGCGUGAUGUCCAACAAGACUGUCCAGACAGCAGCUGCAAAUGCGGCUUCUACCGGGGCCUCCAGUGCUGCCCAAAGUGCUUUCAAGGGUAACCAGAUUUAGAGGCCCUCCCAACACACACUGUUACCUUUUGACUGUACUUUUUUCUCCAGUUACUGUAUUCUACAAAUAUUUUUAUGUUGGAAACACACAGUUCACAUAGCAUGGGUAUUUCCUGUUCACAUGUGCAUGGGCUAAAACCAGUUACUUUACCUACUAGUUUCUUAAUAUUUUAGUGCCCCGUGCAGACAAAAUACUACAUGCUAAAUAUUCUCCAUAUUCUUGGGGGAUGAUGUUCAGCAGAUCAUUUCAGUGGUGACACACUGAAACUAAUAAGUGACUUAAGAUUGAAAAGCACCUAAUACUGCUACAGUUCUUUCAAGAAUCUGUAGAGAUAAGGAUUACACAUUGGAACAGCAAAGCUAUACUCAUUCCUUUCUCCUUAUUUAUCUUAAAAGAAAUAGGCCAGCAGAGACUUAAUGGAUUUUUAAAUUGGCUUGCUUUUUAUCAGAUUCUGUUACCAAUGAAGAGCUUGUGUGCUUCAUAGUAGAUAAUGUAUAUUUUAACUUUUUUUUUGAGUAGUUGACAUUUUGAUAACAAUCUCCAAUCUUGCAUGGACACCACGUUUCUUAAACGAAAGAAUUAGUAUUUUUGGGUCCUGUACUGCUUAUAGUUGUAGAAAUCAGGAUUUGUUUAUGGAAUCAUAGAAAUGAUUUUAUAUAAUAGUUUGUUUUGAAUAAAAAUUUAUUGGGGUGUAAAGACUUUAAUAUAAUAUGCAGUGCAUUAUCCAAAAGAGAAGGUAGUUAAUCAGUGUAAUAGAAUGUAAUAAUAAUAGCUCCUUUAAUUUUAUUAUAUCUUAAUUUCCAGUAUUCGUACAGUAAAACUUUACUGUAUGGAAACUUUAGUAUAGUCUUGUGAUUACUCUUUAUUUGAACUGAGAUUGUGCUUGGCAGCUUAUUGUGUGUGUGUGUGUGUGUGUGUGUAUGUGUGUAUGUGUGUGUAUGUAUGUGUAUGCAUGUGUGUAAUUUUUGACAGGUAUUAAAGGCUAGCCUAACCAUUGUCCAAAAAGAACAUACAGUAUUUAAGGGAUUUUUCUUUUACUAUUUCAUGUUUAGUUGCAUUAAAAACAAAAAGACCCUAGCAUUUCUAGUACACUUGAAUCUUUAAUGCACCGAAGUCUUUCACUUUUUAAGACAGACUGAAUACAUUGAAAUUUUUUAGCGAUAGAAAACACAAAACGUUGCAUCAAGCAAGAAAAUAUAAAUAUAGCUAAAUGCACUAAUUAUGAACAUAAUCACAUUGAAAUUGUUAUAGGCAGCACAGACUUUAAUUCUUAUGGUAUACUUUAGUUCAAGUUUUGAGUAAUUUUUAAUACUGAUUAAAUGAUUCCAAAACACUACUAUGUUUUUUGAAUGUUUUUAGCAAGUUUUAGAUUACAGAAUGAUAGGUAGUGAUUUAUUCAACUUGCUUUUAAGAGAGAAUGGUCUAUUGGAUUAAUUUUGAGACUGAAAGCCCUUUCUUGAAACAAUCAAAUGGCAUCAGUGAUUAAAUUGCUUUUAUUCUUCUCAAAAGUAGGUUUCAUACUGGGAUGGUGUCCAAUCUGUUAUUUCUGAGACUUCACUAGGUGAUGCAGAUCCUUCCAGAUUCUGUUUACAUUUGAGGUUAUAUAUUGAAUAAUAUAGUUGUAAGAUGUUUCUUUUCUGUUAUUCUGAAGAAAAUUCAGAAUAGAAUUGAAAGCUGUUGUUAGAAAUACUCUGAUCCAUGAGAUUCUUCACCUGCAUUUUCAGCCAGCUCCUCAGUUCUAAAGUCGUUGUGAAAAUGUAUUUCCUCCAUAUGCUUUAUUGAGUAUGGACUUUAGACACCUCAGAACAUUCACCUUGAGCCAGAGAAGAGCACUUAAACUCGGCAUUCAUUUCCACCCCAGGGGCAUUUUAAAUUUUCUCUAAAGAACAAAUAAAAUAUUUAUCAGCAACUCUUGGAAAAUAUUAAUAACUUUCCUUUAGAAUUGGAAUGUUGCUCUUAUGUAGAAAUCCUCAAAGGUAGUGGUGAAGAAUAAUUGAAUUGAUGGUUAUUUUUUUGUGUCAAUAGGAAAAGCCAGUUAUUUGGUUAAAAUCCAAUUAUUUGGGUCGAUACAAAUUUAUAAAGAGAAAAUCAUGUGUUUUGUUUUGAAAAGGUAAAUAAAUGAUCAUUAAAAUGGUGGCAGGCAUGCCUAUAGAUUGGUCAGGUAUAAAAACAGCUUUAAAUUUACUCUCUGAAUAGUAAUGAACUCAGCAACAUAUUGGCAUUUGUUUUAUAUUUAAUACUAAAGCGAGCCACUAUCCCAGUCAUAGAGUAGGCAUCUGUGUUACCUUUCAGUUGGCAAUGUUAUAACAUGGCUCUUUUAUUUCAAUAUCAGAAAACCAUUGCUGAGUGAUUUGUAACUCGGGACUUGGAUUAUUUAUCAAGACUGUUUGUAUAUUUUGUUGGUGAUUAAUACUGCGCUGCCAUCGUGCUGACUCCAGUUCUGUAUCAAUGCCCUCCAUCUGUCCUCUAAUGUUGCAUGUCCUCGGUGGUUUGGAAGUUUUGUAUAUUUAUUGUAUUAACGCAGAGUGUCAUAAAAUAAAAUGCUGUUUACUGGA